AUGCGAUGCGCGAGCAAGGCCGCCGAGAGCGCGUCCGCACGUCUCUGUGCGGACGCCGAAGCAGAAACCACAGCAACUGAUGUCCCAUCGGUUGCUGAAGCGACUCAGCCUGUGUCACUUGGUGACGCAGGCGCUCGUCAUGAAGACACUCAUGUCUUCUCAGAGUAUGAGCUCGGUGUCUCAUACUCUCCUGAUACGGAAGACGGAUCCGUAUCGACGGCGAUCGAAACCAAGCAGCCUGCCAAGCGUAGCAUGGAUGAUGCUAUGCGUCGCAGCAUCUUUGGUUCAUCUGAUGAAUCAGAAGAACCAUCGCCGAAGCGAAGGCGCUCGAGGUCGCGAGACUCGGGCGCGAACAGUGGUGUCGGUUCUCCCAUUGAUGCCACUUCGCAACGAGGUGCCAGUCCUUCUGUCGGCACGUCGCAGGAAGAGCGGGACGGCAGUGUGUUGCGUCUCGCUCCCGAGAAGAAGGAAUGGAUGCCUCCAAAGUCAGUCAUGAAUCGCUUGUCGGCGACGACAAGUGAUCGCUAUCGAACACGGGUGUUCGAUUCGUCAAGGAUCCAUCACCUUGACCCCAGCGCGAAAGACUAUCGCGCUGAACAUGAAUUCUUCAUCGAUGCUUUCUUUAGACAUCGAUGGUACAGUGGGAAUCACAAGCGUGAUGAACCCUCACUGCUUCAAGCGUGGAACGCCUACAUCCAUAACCUUGAGGAUGUAGGUCGUGAUGUUUGGAACGACAAACUUAUCAAAGCUCGUGAUAAGUUUGAAAAGCGAACCCCGACAGGUGCACGCUACAAUCUGCAUCGUCUGUCAAGGGAGAAAGGAUUACCCUGCCUCUCUUGGGAAAACUGGUGCUAA